GAUGACACUGACAUUGGUAUUCAAGUGGGUGGACUUGGUGUCUUCAACAGAUUCACACUAGACAUCUGGGAAAAGGCCUUUGAAGCCUCAAACACAUCAAACGAGGUCCAUCAGGAGCUGAAUUGGCUUGCCAAAAGUAAUGGUAUCCUGACCAGUCAUGAAGCCAAAUCCAUUGAGGCCUUGUUGUUAGAUUCCAAGCCAGAUGGUCAAAUAUUGUCAGUUAGAGGCCAUAUUGUUGAUGUCAAAGAUUUGACAACACUGGUGGGUGAGAGAUAUUUGACUGGUUUUGUGAUUGACAGGGCUUGUUUAAAGUACAAAGAGCUUUCCAGACAUGGAGAAAACUCUCUCUUUCUUCCAACAUUCUGUCAAGACUGGACAUCAGGUGAUGAUGCAGAGCAUCUCAAGAAUAAGGUGAUGCAGUAUACAUGCAAGGCUCCAGAGGACAUGGCCAAAAUACACUGGGUCAUGAUGCCACUUCAUUUGGCAGGCUCACACUGGGGUCUUCUGGUGAUUAACAUCAAGUUAAAGCUCAUGUAUUAUGAUGAUGGUUUACACUGGAAGCCCCCUUCCAAUCUUGGGUGCAUAACCAAGAAACUGAUCCAGUCAUUAUAUGACAUAUCAGACGGCAUGAACAGUCAAUUUGAUCCUUCAGCUUGGGACUUUUCUUUGACAAUAAGUCACUUUGGGAUGCCAAGCCAACCUGCAGGCAGUGGUAGCUGUGGUAUGGGCGUAAUCAUGUCUGUUGACAGCAUUGUGAAUGGUCCUCUUAAAACAUUAUCUGACUUCAGUUGGAAAUUUGAUGACAUGCAUAACCAUCGCUGUGUCCUUUUAAAACAGUUCUUGGAAUGGAAAACACAAGAUUGUAGUUCUCAAGAUGAACUGUAAAUUAUUACCUGUGUUAACAGCACUGGGGUGACUAUGGAUUACCUGUGCUAACAGCACUGGGGUGACUAUGGAUUACCUGUGCUAACAGCAC